UUGCCCCCGCACGCCGGCACUCAGGACACAGCGCUGCCCUCACCGCCAUGGAGGGUCUACUGCGUCUCACCCUGCUCCUCAGUGCCCUGGCCGGCCUCCUGCUGCCCGAGGGGAGCGUGUUCAUGGGCCGCGAGCCAGCGCACAGCGUCCUGAGGACCCGCCGGGCCAACAGCGUCUUCGAGGAGCUGAAGAAAGGCAACCUCGAGAGGGAGUGUCUGGAGGAGGCCUGCUCUCGCGAGGAGGCGCGGGAGGUCUUCGAGGAUGACGAGAAGACGAAUGAAUUCUGGAACAAAUACAAAGAUGGAGACCAGUGUGAAAACAACCCCUGCCAGAACCAGGGCACCUGCAAAGAUGGCCUCGGGGACUACUUGUGCACCUGUGCGGAAGGCUUCGAGGGCAAAAACUGUGAGCUCUUCACCCGUGAGCUGUGCAGCCUGGACAAUGGCAACUGUGAGCAGUUCUGCCAGGAGGUGGAGAACUUGGUGGUAUGUUCCUGUGCCAAGGGCUACACACUGGGCGACAAUGGCAGGUCCUGCAUCUCCACAGAGGCCUUCCCCUGUGGGAAGAUCACCUGGCCACAGGGACGCAGGAGAAGGUCAGUGGCUCAGGGCAUCAACAGCAACGAGUCGGUCCCUGGCAGUGCCGUGCUGGAGCCAGAGCCCCUGGACGACCUGAGCGCUACUGAGGACCCUUCUGACCUCCUCUACUUCAACAGCUCGGAUGUGCAGACAGCAGACAAUGACCUCGUGCGCAUUGUGGGCGGCCAGAACUGCAAGGAGGGGGAGUGCCCCUGGCAGGCUUUGCUCGUCAACGAGGACAACAAGGGAUUCUGCGGGGGCACCAUCCUUAAUGAGUACUACAUUCUCACUGCGGCCCACUGUCUCCACCAAGCCAAGCGGUUCACGGUGAGGGUAGGUGAGCGGAACAUGGAGGAGGAGGAGGGCAAUGAGGUGACGCACGAGGUGGAGAUUGUCAUAAAGCACAAUAAGUUCAACCUGCACACCUAUGACUGCGACAUCGCGGUACUCAAGCUGAAGACACCCAUCACCUUCCGCAUGAACGUGGCCCCCGCCUGCUUGCCACAGAAGGACUGGGCGGAGGCCACACUGAUGACGCAGAAGACAGGCAUCGUGAGUGGGUUCGGGCGCAUCCACGAGAAGGGCCGCCAGUCCAGCACCCUCAAGAUGCUGGAGGUGCCCUACGUGGACCGCAACACCUGCAAGCUGUCCACUGGCUUCACCAUCACACAGAACAUGUUCUGCGCGGGCUACGAUGCCAAGCUGGAAGACACCUGCCAGGGGGACAGCGGUGGCCCCCAUGUCACCCGGUUCAGGGAUACCUACUACGUGACCGGCAUCGUCAGCUGGGGAGAAGGGUGUGCAAGGAAAGGGAAGUUCGGGAUCUAUACCAAGGUCACCAACUUCCUCAAGUGGAUCGAGAAGUCCAUGCGGGCCAGGGUGCCGCCCAGGCUGGAGGCCCCAGCACCCACCAGGCCUGCCUAUUAAAGCAUCUGCUGCGGGCACCCAGGA